GUAAUAUAAACAUUCUAUGCCUAACUGGGUGGAAAUGAUCAUGCUGACACUGCCCGCCUCAACUGUGGGCGGGUAGAAUUUUUGUCUUGCUUUGGAACAACUGGUGACACAUGCAUCAUGAUAUUGUAUCUAUAUUCAGGAUUGAUAGAGGAACAAUUCCGGGAACAUGGAUUAUUUGCUCAGGAUAACAAUAACUGUGAUUUUAGCUUUCUCUAACACAGAAGUUGUUAACGGGCAGUGGUGCUCUGGCUCGACGCUGUCACUUGUAGCGUCCAGCAGCUCCGUUGGGCAGAUUUCAUCUAUAUAUUACCCAGCUCAUUACGUAAAUUAUGUAGACUGUACCUACGAUAUAACAGCUUCCGGUACAGAUCAGGUUUUGUUUUAUGUUGAGUACGAGGAGUGCGAGUUCAGAUUCGACCAUCUGAAAAUAUACUCGGAUAACGUAACUAACUACGAAAUGUACAACUCGGAUGGUGACUUCGCCCCCUACAUUUACACGACGACUGGAGAUACGCUGGUAGCCACGUUCGCAACAGACGGUUCAAUAACAUAUGGUGGUUUUUUGAUGAGUUAUAUCGCCGUGGAUAGAACAAAUUUACCUGCAUGCGGAAGCUCUAUAGCAGCAACAUCUUCCUACCAGCAACUAAGUUUCGUACACUUAUCGUCGCAGUCUAGGUCUAUAUGCACAUGGACUAUCACCCCAGCCGACACAACAGGAACGUACUCAGUACAGAUAGACAUCCUGCUUGUGCAUAAUUAUGUGGUAAUAGAGGAAGGUGGAGGCACGUAUUACUACAGCACCCAGAACUCUGUGUACGUAAGCGCUGCAUAUCCAUCAAGCGUACAGGUUACAGGAGAGUGGGGAUCAGAUUUUGUCGUACAGUAUAAGCAAGUUCUUUCUACAGUCACGGGAAUCAUUCAAACAACGACAUUAGCCAGCGAUACCUCUGUGUGCGACCGCAGUUACAGAACCUCAACCAGUACCACACAAUAUCUUAACUCGCCCAAUUAUCCUGGCCAGUAUGAAGAUAAUUUGUACUGUACCGUUACUAUAGAGGCGGACAACAGUUCCCAGUCAGUUUUUGUCAACAUUUCCGACUACACUGUAGCUACGUUUGACAGUUUGGGAAUUUACGACGGUCCAAACCGCUAUUACAAUCUGAUCAGCAGUGAUAUCAGUACAGGGAGUAACUUCACAAGCAGUGCAUCCAGCCUAACACUGCUCUUUCAUACGAAUGACUAUGGUCAAAAUAGAGGAUUUGAGCUAACAUAUUACAGCGUUGAUAGAGAAACACCUACAUGUGACCAGAGCUAUACACUUGAUUGGAAUGUUACAUCAAGUGCCACCGAACAGACUAUACUAUCACCAAAUUAUCCGAGUUAUUACGACAACAAUGACGACAGGUAUUGGCUUAUUAUGAAACCUUUAGAAUCUGACAACAUCGUGCUAGACUUUCGAGUGUUCAAGGUUGAGCUUGCAAAUGACUGCGUAUACGAUUAUGUUUCCAUAUAUGACGGCGCAUGCACUAAUGAUCCGUUACUUGCGAAAGUAUGUGGUGAACAACCCGUUACAUUCGAGGACUCUACAGGACUUUAUAUACUAAUUCACUUUCAUACUGAUUUCUCUGUCACAAAAACUGGCUGGAAACUGAUACAUUAUAUUGGUGAAUACCAAGACCCAGAUGCAAACGCUUCAACUGAAGAUAGUAAAACAGGCGUUCCGAACUUUAUAUAUCCAGUCAUAGGCAUAGUAGUAAUCCUGAUAGUUAUAAUAUCGAUGUUUAUAUAUUUGUACUGUAAAGGUAAAGGUCGUGUCGGCGUCGGCGAUGCUAAAGCAUCAUUGAAAAAGCGUACAACGAAUGACCUUUUGAAAGAGAUGAAAACUGGAUCUGGUACCACAGAAAAGGAUAAACAGCCGAAAAUUAAACGGAAAGGAAACAAAUAUCAUCCUGAACCGAAUGCUCCUGGACCAGAUACGACCAUUAUAAACAUAAGAGAACAAAGUCCGCACCCACCACCAGGAGAAACAGAUUCAGAUAUUCCACCGGCUUUCACUGGUACGGAGUCAGAAACGCCGGAACAGAAUAUAGCACCAGCAAUAACCCAGUUGCCGAAUACAGAUCCUUCACCUCCUGAGCCGGAUCCAUGGUCUGCACUGAUUCCUCCACCUUUCCCAUACAAAACACCAGCAGAGGCUAGGGCUCUUGGACUGCAUGGGUAG